AUGCGUUCCUUGCAUGUUGGUCGUCGCAUGGAUGAGGCCAAAAGCAUGCGCACGCCGCCAGCUCUGCGCGUCGUUUUCCGUAAUAGCCUAAUUCUGAGUGGGAAGGUGAUGCAGCACGGUGUCAACCAAGCAUCCAGGUACUACUGGACGAAGUUGUUUCAAUGAGGAGUUACGAAAGAACAAGAUAUCGUUGUCGAUGAGAAAGUGCGACCGCUGGUGUAUGAGGGGGUGGACGUUUUGCCUGGCUCCUUUCAUGUCCGCGUCAGUAGGUUUAUUGGUGUUUGGUUAUACGUGGUGGCUGUGGCUCGUUCCUUUGAGCCGAGAACUAAGUGGGACGGGUGGGUCCAGGCAUCGUAAUCGUGCCGACCGACGCGGUAUAGCUGUCCGAGUCUGGUGAGAAGGCGUCUACACCUCCGUGUUUAUGACCCGGACGGUAUUGACAUUCGAAAUCGAAGUCUUGUAAAAAUUCCUGCCAUCGGGCGAGUUGGUCCUGGGGGUCUUUUAUGGAUUGCACCCACUGAAGUGCCUGAUGGUCGGUGCGAAGGAUAAAAUGUCGUCCGAUAAGUUGGUGACUAAACUGACAGAUACAUAGAAUGAUCGCAAGUAACUUCCUGCGGAAAGUACAACAGGCUCUUGCAAAGCUUACUGACUGUCCGACCCUGUCAUUAUCUGCCCCUAUGGCAAACCCGUUAGCGUCCAUGUGAAGGAAGAAAAAGGAGCGGGAAUGACCUAAGGGUGGCUCUGCGGUUGGUUGGUACAAGGCUCCUCGCAGUUAGGAGGCCACCCGAAUUCGCAGCCUUUUUCCGGGAGUUUGUGUAGAGGGCCGGCUAUAUGGACAAAGUCGUCGGCAGUAGGCCAGUCCGAGGAAGCUACAGAUUUGUGACCGACUUAUCGGGAUUGAAUAGGUGCUGAUUUGUUGCAGCCGUUUGGGGAGAUCAACAUUUUAUGCUCCAGAGACUGUACCUCUGAGCGCAGGAAGACGCAUUAACGGGGAUUCAACGUCGGGCCGGCAUCACGAAGAGCUUCGGUGUUGGUGUGGUUGUCUGAUAUUUGCUGGGGAUGAGGUGUUGUUACACCUGAUACAUCAGCCGCUGAACAGCGGUGACGGCAGCACUGCGGAGCUCGAAUGGGAGCAUCUAAAGCUUGUUUUGCGGCGUUCUUUCGGGUACAUUUCGACCUGCCAAAACCCUGAUGUAAGAUCUAGGUCAGUAUAUUUUAAGAGUAGUAGGCAAUGCCUUUGAAAACCCUAUUGUAAACGGUACAUGCAAUAUUUAACUAUAAAUAAACAUGGUACUGAAAUGUUGUCAGUAAUAUACACACUUAACAAAAUAUUUUCCAUGAAAAUGUAGAACCAGAACUUGAGAACAUUCAGUUGUAGAUGAUUUCAGUAAAAUGUAAUGACAGUCAUCCGCAUUAGCGGUAUGAGUAUGCAAGGCGUUGGUUUAGCACCACAGAGCUGUUCUGUCCAGACAAGCGAUAGUGUCCAAGCAAAUAUCCAUCAAGUCUUUGCUUGAACGUCUCCGUGGUAUCCGCCAUUAUUACGUCCUCGGGAAGGCCGUUCCAGGCACCGACGACUCGCUGUGAAAAACAGUAUUUGCGAACGUCCCGGCGGCAUCGGGAUCCUCUAAGUUUUAGAGAGUUCCCACGCAGGUUUUUUGUUGUGGCCAAGGUGAAGAAAUCGUCGGGGUUUAGGGCACAUUCCCGGUUCCUCGAUAUCCGAUAGGCCUGUAUGAGAUCUCCUCGAACCUGCCUGUACUCAAGAGGAAAAAGUUUAAGUUCCCUAAGUCGGCAGUUGUAAGGUAAAGUCCUGAGGCCUUUUACAAUUUUUGUUGCUCUCCUCUGAACUCUUUCUAGCAACUUAUUGUCUUUUUUAGUCACGGGCGCCACGCUUGGAUUCCAUAUUCCAGAUGCGAGCGAAUGAACGCUCCGUAUACUUUUCCAAAUAACUCUUUGUCUAUGUCCACGAAAGAUCGUUUAAUGGCAAAGAGAACACUAGUUGCUCUUUUGGACGCCCUAACACACUGAGAUGAAGGCUUAAGGGUCGACAGAAUGUUAAUCCCAAGAUCUUUUUGUUCGGUUACAUUUGAAAGGCACCUUCCACCAAGUUGGUAAUGGUGAUCCUCUCCGUCAGAUCUUCCAGUCGUUUUGAGUCGCAGCGCGACGCACUUCUCUAGGUUAAACUUUAGCAGCCAUUUGUCAGACCAUUCGCAUAGGCGGUUCAGUCCUUCUUGCAGGGCCCGUUCAUCCUGUUCGCCGUUGAUCGCUCGCCAUAACUUGAUGUCAUCAGCAAACAUGACUCCAUUGCAGUCCAGUCCAUUCAUACAGUCGUUGACAUAAAUUAAAAAUAGAACUGGUCCGAGUACGGAGGCCUGCGGAACUCCACUCACAACUGGCACUGGUGUUGACUUCGCACUACCAAUACACACAGACUGUGAUCGACCAGUCAGAAAGUCCUUUACCCAGUUUAAUAGGUUUCCCCUUAUCCCUGACUCUCGGACCUUGUAAAGUAACCGGUGGUGUGGAACACUAUCAAAGGCUUUCUUGAAAUCUAUGUAAACGAUAUCGACCUUUGUUCCUGCGUCUAACGAGCGAGACCACUGUUCCGUUGAAUGAAGCAUAUUAGUUAGGCAGGAGUGAUUUCGUCGAAAGCCAUGCUGAGAACUAGCAAAGAAAUUAUUUUCUUCAAGGAACUUCAUUAUGGAUUUUUUGACUAUUCUCUCCAUGACUUUGCAACAAAUGCACGUUAGGCUCACCGGCCGAUAAUUGUUUGUACUUGUUCUGUAUCCGCCCUUGUGAAUGGGGUAUAUGUUCGCCACUUUCCAAUCAGAGGGGAGAAUGCCUCGGUCAAAGGAGGACCUAAAGAUGUGCCAAAGCGGUUUGGCGAGUUCGCAAGACAACUCCUUCAGCACUUUUGCCGGAAUUUGGCCUAUGCCCGGAGACUAGCCUUCCUUAAGCGCUAGAAGUUCCUUCCUCACAGCUUCUUCCGUGAAGUCGAUGUUUUCUAUUAUUUCGUCGGUUGUCCCAGCAGGAGAUCCAGCCUCGUCAAAGUCCGUUUCAUCGGUGAAAACCGAUACGAAAAACCGGCUUAUAUUUUCUGCCUUAGCGUCAUUUUCGAUGAUAUCCUCAUUGUUUUCUCCGUUCAACACUGCGACCGUCUCCUUGUUCUUUAACCUUCUGUUUAUGUAACUGAAGAGCACUUUUGGCUUAUCGACGGCCCGUUCCAUAACUCGCAUUUCGUACUCCUUCCGCGACCUGCGGAUAGCCCCCCUUACCUCGUUUCGCUUUCGACGAAAGUAGAAAACCACGUCGUGUUUCUCAGGAUAUGGAAGGCUUCAUUUAACCGAGGUAAAGAGAACGGGUCACAGACUGUGACUGCGUGCAAGCCACGAUAGUCAGUGCAGAGUCGCAAAAAGUCGUCCUUCCUGGGGGCUAGGGCAUUGGGACGGCUUCCAGAAGUUCGUCUAGAAUUUUGUCGAGAGUUCGCGGAAUUGUCUAUGUGCAUCAGGCUCCAGUGGCAUUACAGGCGAAAAGCACCAUCAACCAAGACCAGCUCGGGACUUUGGAGAAGUACCCAAAAGGACACUCAUUUUCUAUAACAACCUGGUAUUGAAGGGGACUUCACUUUUCGCGAGCCUGGCCCUUUACACCGAGCAACCUCUGGGCUUGGUUUCGUCAGGUUGAGGCCGUUUUCUCUACGAGCCGCAUUACAAGCGAACGCACCCGAUACUCUCAUGUGGUGCAGAGUCUUCCCUUCGACGUUGCCGUCGAUGUCGACGACCUCCUCAACCUUAUUCCUGCCAACGACCCGUACACCCAGUUAAAGAAUGCCGUCAUCCAGAGAGUGGCUAAGUCGGCCAAUCGGAUACUACGAGAGUUAUUUACGCAGGUAGACCUGGGUGAUCAAACUCCUUCGCAGCUUAUGCGCCAUAUGCGUUCAUUUCUGGCUGGUCGUCAUAUGGACAACGUCGUCUUUCGACAAAUCUGGUUACAUAAAUUGCCGGUUCCCAUGCAGCAGGUUUUGGCCACGCUGGACAUCAGUAUCUCUCUAGACAAAAUGGCCACUCAUGCCGACCCGAUCAGUGAAUGUUACCCAGUCGGCGCGACAUGCGCCAAUACUCAACUGACCUCGGCUCCCGACAGAUCUGAUAGAGUAGCCAUUUCCUGUCCAGAAGGCACUCCUUCACUGGACACUUGUGUGGAGCGGUCAGCCUGUCGUUGCUCAUCACGCAGAGCCGCCACGCCAUCAGGUCCAUCAAGACAACCGAACAGUCCUCACCGCGGUGACUAUGACGAUCUAAGAGACACUGUGCACACAAGUACGUCCAAUGCGCACUGCUAUCAACAGCUUACAGUCCGGUCACCUUCACGCCGUCGUUUUAGAUCUCGUGAACGCCCCUCUACAAAUAUGUGCUGGUUUCAUCGUGUUUACGGUUCGAAAGCACGCAAGUGCAUUCCUCCCUGCACAUACCUGCAGGCCUUACCACAGGAAAACGACCGCGCCAGCCAGUAACGGCGACAGCUGCCGUCUUUCCAGUCAACUACGCUAUUGACUGGAUCCUCGGGAGGGCCCUACGCGACAGUGACGGUGUUGAAUUUGCACCCGGACAUCAACUGACUGAUCUCGACUAUGCCGAUGAUAUCGCCUUACUUGCUUCAAGUUUUGGUGAUCUGCAGUCUAUGGUGUCACGAGUGAACGAGGUCGCUAAAUCAGUCGGUUUGUCCAUAAACGCUGGGAAGACCAAAGUAUUCUCAAGCUGCAUCCCUGACCAGGAGAAGGCACCCCUGGGGAUUGAUGGCUGUCAACUUGAAGAAGUGGACAGUUUUUAA